UACCAGCUUCGAUGGCACACGUCAAGCGGGGUCAGAUCAUGGCAGAUUCCAGUCUAGAAACAGAGGCACAAGAACUGGAAACAGCAGAAACGCAUCAUAUGACAGUUAAAAUGAGUAACACCCUGAACCAGCACUAUGAAGAGAAGGUGCGUCCCUGCAUCGACCUGAUUGACUCCCUGCGCUCCCUGGGGGUGGAGAAGGACCUGGCUCUGCCGGCCAUCGCUGUGAUUGGAGACCAGAGCUCCGGCAAGAGCUCUGUACUGGAGGCCCUGUCUGGAGUGGCACUGCCCAGAGGGAGCGGCAUUGUGACAAGAUGCCCUCUGGAGCUGAAGAUGAAGAGGGUGAAAGAGGAAGAAGGGUGGCAUGGGAAAAUCAUCUAUCAGGGCAAAGAGGGUAUAGACAUUGACGACCCUGCUGACGUGGAGAUGAUGAUCAGAGAAGCUCAGGACGAAAUGGCGGGGGUCGGGGUGGGGAUCAGCGAUGACCUCAUCAGUCUGGAGAUCUCCUCCCCUGACGUCCCUGACCUCACGCUCAUCGACCUGCCGGGCAUCGCCAGGGUCGCUGUGAAAGGUCAGCCCGAGAACAUCGGGGACCAGAUCAAGAGACUGAUCAAGAAGUUCAUCAUGAGGCAGGAGACCAUUAACCUGGUGGUGGUGCCAAGCAAUGUCGACAUAGCAACAACGGAAGCCUUGAAGAUGGCACAGGAAGUGGACCCUGAAGGGCAGAGGACCCUGGGUAUUCUGACAAAGCCGGACCUGGUGGACAAGGGCACAGAAGAGACAGUCGUGGACAUUGUCCACAAUGUCAUCCACUUGAACAAGGGCUACAUGAUCGUCAAGUGCAGGGGACAAAAGGAGAUCAUUGACAAGGUGUCCCUGAGUGAAGCUACCGAAAAAGAGAAGGCCUUCUUCCAGGAUCACCCACAUUUCAGUACCCUGUUUGACGAAGGUUUUGCCACCAUACCCAAGCUGGCAGAGAAAUUAACCUUGGAACUGGUCCAUCAUAUUGAAAAAUCUUUGCCUCGGCUGGAGGAACAGAUUGAGGCUAAGCUGGCUGACACUCAGCUGGAGCUGGAGAGGUAUGGAACUGGACCCCCCACAGACCCUACAGAGAGGCUAUACUUCCUGAUUGACAAAGUGACCGGGUUCACCCAGGACAUCAUCAGCCUGACCAUUGGAGAGGAGCUGAAGAAUGGAGACAAACUGAACCUCUUCUCCAAGCUGAGAGAGGAGUUUGGGAAAUGGAAGGCGCAUCUCGAUCGCUCUGGAGACAGCUUCAACAAGAGGAUUGAGGAUGAGGUACAUGAAUAUGAAGUUAAAUACAGAGGCAGGGAGCUUCCAGGCUUCAUCAACUACAAGACCUUUGAGGUGCUGGUGAAGGACCAGAUAAAACUGCUGGAGGAACCUGCUGUAAAGAAGCUCAAAGAGGUCACAGACAUUGUGAGGAAGGCCUUCAUGCAGCUGGCUUACAACAACUCAGUUGGAUACCCAAACCUCCUCAGAACUGCCAAGACCAAAAUUGAGGCCAUUAAGCAGGGCAAAGAGUCCACAGCAGAGGACAUGUUGAGGACCCAGUUCAAGAUGGAGCUCAUUGUUUACACUCAAGACAGCACCUACAGCCAAAAUCUCAGUGAGCUGAAGAGGGAAGAGCAGGAAGAUGAAGAUGGGUAUAGUUUGCAGAGGUCCAAUAGGAGCAUGGUCUACAGCACAGACAGCCAUGCCACUCUACAGGAAAUGAUGCUUCACCUCAAGUCAUACUACCGGAUUGCCAGCCAGCGCCUGGCUGACCAGAUCCCCCUGGUGAUCCGCUACCUGAUCCUGCAGGAGUCGGCCGCGCAGCUGCAGAGGGAGAUGCUGCAGAUGCUGCAGGACAAGGAGAACGUGGAGCUGCUGCUGAAGGAGGACUUGGACAUCGGCAGCAAGAGAGCCACGCUGCAGAGUCGGCUCAGUCGCCUGAUGAAAGCUCGCAACUACCUACUGGAAUUUUAA